AUGUGCUGCCCUGGUACGAGCUUAGCAAAACGGCGCGUGGUUUACGCAAUUAGAGGAAGAAUGCUAAUCGAAUCCCAGCUUGUCGCGGCAGCUAUUUGUGGCGUUGGCGUUCCGUUGAAGGAUCACGGUUUAGGCAAAAACAUCUGGACCGUUCCGUUCAGCGACAUCACAUUGAUCAAACUAUCCAUGCUCUUCCUCUACCUUCGACUCUUCCCCAAUACUCUUCUACGCAAAGCAGUCUUCGUCUCGCUGGCCAUAACUUCCCUUUGGGCAAUCGGGUCAUUUCUCGCACAGGUUCUCUCCUGCAAGCCAAUAUCCUACUACUGGAACCAAUGGGAUGGUGAGCAUGAAGGCAGAUGCGCCAGCCAUAACUCGCUCCUCCUUGCGCACUCGAUUAUCAAUAUCUUCCUGGAUGUUUUGGUGAUUGCCCUUCCAAUGCCGGUUCUUGUCAAGCUUCAGAUGAGCAUUGAGAAGAGGGUGGGCAUGUGCCUGAUGUUUGCCGUGGGGCUUGUGUACGUCGUCUUUCUGAUAUUGCGUCAACACUACUCCUCCUUGCACAAUAGCUUUUCUGACAGAGUUCCUUCAGAGGAUUUCGUUCCCGUCGGCGUCUGGAGUCUUCUGGAAAUUGACGUCGGAAUCAUGUGCUCCUGCAUGCCGGGCAUUCGGGCGUUGACGAAACGGCUGUACAGUACAUUAUUCAAGACUGAUGGCCAGCCGAGUAGCGGAUACAGAUACGGCUCGAGACAGUCAAAACCAGGCAGUGGGGGUUCAGGGUCCGGGUCAGCACAUCGAGUUCAGUCCUCGUUCAAAUCUGGCUCGUCGAACUCCAACGCGGGAGGGGGAGGUCAGUUCAUCAGACUCAAGGAGGUCGAUAGUCGAGAGGUAGAUACGACAAAUCAUCUAUGGCCUCUUCGUGAAUUCCCCGCCGUAACAGUGCCGCCAAAAGACUCCGUGAGAGUGACAAGGGCGGACGUGCAGACUCAAGGGCACCCUUGGCAAGAAUACAGCGAUGACUCGAAACCGUCACCAUUGUUACCGCCAGCGAGGUAUGAAGACCCGCGUGCUCAUUAUUGUCUGUUUUCGAAGGCUGCGAUAGCCAGGGCGAGCAAGGGCUCAUCGCACUUCACGUGGUUUCGGGAUGGUGACUCUACGUAUUCGAAGUGUCUCAAUUGA